CUGAGCCCUUGGAGGUGGGCACGACGCAUCUCACCCAAAGGAAUGUCAACGCCGCCGUCAACAGGGUCUCUGCUCCUACUGCGGGGAGUCGGACAAUCCCAGGGACACCUGUCCCAGAAGGAGAACCAGGAAGCAACAGGCCGAGGAGCGCUCCUGCACCUUCCCAGCUUCUAGUCGAGCACAUCGCUGUCCCCUGCCUGACAUCCUGUGUGUGUAAGUCAGUGGGCCAGAUGUCCUUUCCCACCCCGUUGUACUCCCAUGCGGGCCGCGGGCCUUUCACUGACGUGUAUGAGCCAGCCGAGGACUCCUUCCUCUUGAUAGAUGCCCUUGAGCAGGAUGCUGACAGACUGAAGAAAAUUAGCCCCUCUGUGUGUCUAGAGGUGGGCAGUGGCUCUGGGGUGGUGUCCGCCUUUCUGGCAUCCGUGAUCGGACCUACAGCUCUAUACCUUUGUACCGACGUGAACCCCACAGCAGCCCAAUGCACUCUGGAGACGUCUCGCUGUAACGCCGUCAGUCUGCAGCCUAUCAUCACUGACUUGGUGGACUCUCUCUUGCCAAGGUUGUGUGGAAAAGUGGACGUUCUUUUAUUCAACCCUCCUUAUGUCGUCACACCAUCAGAAGAGGUGGGUAGCCAUGGCAUCGAGGCAGCCUGGGCUGGUGGGAGGUGGGGCCGAGAGGUGAUGGACAGGUUCUUCCCGCUGCUUCCAAAGCUACUGUCCAAUCAGGGGUUGUUUUACCUGGUCACUGUGGCAGAGAACAAUCCAGAGGAGAUCACAAUUCUGCUGAGGACGUUUGGCCUGCAAGGAGCGCCUUGUCUGUCCCGACGAACUGGGCCAGAGAGCCUGUCUGUUCUGCGCUUCCACAGAACAACGUGAUCCUCCCUGACCCACAGAGGAGACCAUGAACCUGCUGCUCCGACCACAGCGGUUUCAGCUUCAUCUCAACAACCAUGAGUGAUCAUCUGAACUUUAACAUAAAUUGAGUGAAAGCCACCGUGGGUUCAUGGGAGCAUUGGUCAAAUAAGUGACCAUGUCUCAAGACUUUAACCCAAUGCACUAUACAAAGGCAAACAGGUUGUCCAUGCUAAUGAGUGUUCAAGUCUCCUUGAACUGGUUUGUAUUGGGAGAGGAUCCAGUCAGUGUCAGUAUUGAAGACAUGUUGUAUAGGUAGAAUUGACAUGCAGACUAGACCGGGCACGCGCAUGUUGAUUUUAUUCAUCCCCACCAGACCCCAUAAGGAGACACAGGUUAAAAAUAUCUAAACGAACUCUGAACCAACUAUAUUUAUUUGGGGACAGGUUGAAACAUUCAUGGACAUUUAGCUACCUUGCUAUUGCUAGCUGAUUUGUCCUGGGAUGAGAUUAAACAUUGGGUUGUUAUUUUACCUGAAAAGCACACGGUCCUUCUUUCCCCCUGGAUCUCAGUAGAACUCUGACCCAUUGAGUCACACACAAUUGUGUGUUCUCUACACUAUUAAUCCAGAUAAAAGGGGAAACCUAGUUAGUUAAGUAAGUAAGUUAAGUUUGUGGAUAUGAAAGUUGUAAGUAAAAAGUUGUUGAAAAUAGAUAAUAAUAAUAAUAAUAUAUGCCAUUUAGCAGACGCUUUUAUCCAAAGCGACUUACAGUCAUGUGUGCAUACAUUCUACGUAUGGGUGGUCCCGGGGAUCGAACCCACUACCCUGGCGUUACAAGCGCCAUGCUCUACCAACUGAGCUACACAGGACCAUGUGAACAACUCAGUUUAUCAAGGUAUGACAUUUGUUUAUGUAGUUAAAUAUCCCCUGCAUUACUCAUAGUGUAACAUGAUGUUCAAAUGUUAUGAACAUACUUAAUGUUUGAGCAGAGUUGAAAUUGGCAGGGUUUAUGGUGACUGCGAUCACUACGAACGUUGGAGUAAUUGCCUUUAGUCGACAGUAACAUUGAAGGUUACCUUUAUUUUGAUAAAGGGCACCAACAACAUUCAAACGUGGCCUAGGCACUGGGAUAGGGAAUAGUCCACAGUGCCAACGGGGGGGGCACCAAUGUCAAUGCUGCACAUUAUUAAAGCUGCUCUGUCAAUUAGAACGCGAUUAGAUGUAAUUAGUUUGGAAGGUUGGAAAACAAAAAGGUCGCAACCAGGAGUUGAACUGGGGACCUUGCGGGUUGCUUGUAAUGAUUUUUCAAACUAGUUUUCAUUGGGAAGGUGUAUAAAGCAAAACGCAGAAUCCUACUCCACGUGCUCGUUGAACAUCUCAUUCCAAAAUCAUAGGCAUUAAUAUGGAGAUGGCCCCUCCACUCUUCUGGGAAGGAUUUCCACUAGAUGUUGGAACAUUGCUGCAGUCUCAUUUAGCCACGAGCAUUAGUGAGGUCGGGCAUUGAUGUUGGGCAAUUAGGCCUGAACCACAGUCGGUGUUCCAAUUCAUUCCUAAAGUGUUCGAUGGCGUUGAGGUCAGGUCUCCGUGCAAGCCAGUCAAGUUCUUCCACACCGAUCUUGACAAAUCAUUUCAUACCAGUCAUCCAGAUUCCCAUUCAGAGCGACACACAGAAGCAUCCAGGGUCAAUGCCCUGCUCAAGGGCACAUUGACAGAUCUACCACCAGGCCAAAAAACUUGAACCCGAACCCUCCAAGAUCCCUCCACAGUUCCCCAAUAGCUGUCCCUCAACCAUUCAAGACCCCCCCCCCCCCCCUCCCCAAGAAGAAAAAUAAAAUCCCCAAGAACCCCCCUCCCUCAAUGCAUCAACCAUCAUGAACUAGAGAAAAAAGGAAGACAGGAGAAAACAGCAAAACAAACAUAUACAUUAUAAACAAAGGACAUCAAGGACAACUAAAAUCAUAACAGCAAGGCUAACUAUAUGUUUGUGUGCAUUUCUGGCACUAUUACAUGUGUGUGUUUAUUUGAAUGAGUGCACGGCCUUAGCCUCAGGCAAACCGGCAUUAGCUGUAAAAACACUGCCCCUCAGUGUCAGUAAUAUGUUUUGACUUAAAAAUAAAAAAAACAUUUAUCUCCCAUACAGCAACUCCACUCCCACUUGCCUCCAAUUCCACAUUCCAACCCAUCCCAUUGAUAUCUUCUGGCCACCCACAUCUUUCAACUAUUCUGUUAUGUUUAAUGUACAAUGUCAAUCUAUCUAAUUGAAUAGAAUCCACAGAUUGCAAGUUGAAGAUAAAUAUUGUUACUAAGAGUA